GGGUCGCACCUGACGGCUGUCGUGAAGCAGCGGGAGGAGGGCGAGGGAAGGAGGAAGGAAGGGGGAGCCCAGGCCCGGCCCGGCCCCCGCCGGGCCCCUCCAGCCCCGCCGGCCCCGGAGGAGGAGGAGGAGGCCGGAGGAGAAGGAGAAGGAGGCGGUGCUGCUGCCGCUGCCGGCGGCUAUGUAGGGGCCCCGGUGCGGGCGGAUCCGGAGGCCGCUGCUCGCCUCUGGAGCGCGGCGCCGGGGCCGGGCCCGGCGGGAUGUUCUCCAAGAAGCCGCACGGGGACGUGCGGAAAUCCACGCAGAAGGUGCUGGACACCCGCAAGGACCCGCUCACCCGCCUCAAGCACCUGCGCGUCCUCAUCGACAAUGCGGAAUCAAUUGAUCUCAAACAGUUUUUUGACCUACAUUUCUCACAUAUAUAUUAUGUGUUCUUUGAAAACUUUGUGACUAUUGAAGUAGGCCUUAAACAAAAAGGUCACAAGUCUCAGAGAGAAGAAUUAGAUUCUAUUCUUUUUAUUUUUGAGAAAAUUUUGCAACUCCUUCCAGAAAGGAUUCAUCAGAGAUGGCAAUUUCAUAGUAUUGGGUUGAUUUUAAAGAAGCUUCUUCAUACUGGAAAUUCAUUAAAGAUACGUCGAGAGGGUGUACGUCUCUUUCUACUGUGGCUGCAAGCACUUCAAAAUAACUGUAGUAGAGAACAAUUAUGGAUGUUUUCUUGCUUAAUUCCUGGAUUUUCAUCACCACAAUCUGAAUAUGGUCCCCGAACACUAGAUAAUCUUAUUAACCCUCCUCUUAAUGUUCAAGAAACUCAAGUGACUAUAGAGGAAAUCACUCCACUUGUUCCUCCGCAAUCAGGAGAUAAAGGACAAGAAGACUUAACAAGCUAUUUCUUAGAAGCGCUUUUGAAAUACAUAGUAAUUCAGGUUAAGAGUUUAGAAUGGAAGAACAAGGAAAACCAGGAAAAGGGAUUUUCAUUUUUAUUCUCAAAUUUUAAGAAAUAUUACUUGCCUUCUAUUUUCCCAAACAUCUGUAAGGAGACCAGCUUAUAUAACCCUAUACUUGAUAUACCACAGAUGAGACCAAAGCCACACUAUGUAAUGGUUAAGAAAGAUGCUGAAACCAAUGAGGCAAUAUAUUGCACAAAGGAACCUUUUAUUAAGGCUCGUGUUAUUGUCAUUCGGUGGUUGGUGUCUUUCUGGCUUGAGCCAAAACCUCAUGCAGGACCUCAUAUUCCUGGGAUGGAAGGUGAAAAUGUGCCAAAGAAUAUACAGAGAGCAGCUGCUAGCAUGGCUUCGAGGGAAGACAGCAAAAAUGACAGCACUGAUAAGCAGGACAGAAAUGCAGAGCCAGAACAAUCUCAUUCUAAUACAAGUACUCUAACAGAGAGAGAACCAAGUUCUUCCAGCCUCUGCAGUAUUGAUGAAGAACAUUUAACUGAUAUUGAAAUUGUCCGCAAAGUCUUUUCUUCUAAAAGAAGUAAUGUUAAUUUUCUAACUGAGAUUUUUCGACAGGCAUUUCUGUUGCCAAUAUGUGAAGCCGCUGCCAUGAGGAAAGUGGUAAAGGUUUAUCAGGAAUGGAUCCAGCAAGAAGAUAAGCCCCUAUUUAUGAAAGAACCUGAAGAAAUAAUGCAGUGUACAGCUGUAGAUUGUGAUGAAAAUGUUGUAGACCAUAAUUCAUCAGAGAAGGCAAAAGAAAGAGAAGAGGAAAAAGGUAUGAAUUCCAGUCAUGUUAGAAAUUCAAACUGGGCAAGAAAUGGCUGUUACCAAGACACUUUGCAUAAACUUUCCGAAAUUGAUACUGAAGAGCAAAAUGUACGAGCUGGAGUGCAGUCAGUAUUGCAGGUUUUUAUUAUAAAUUCUUCAAACAUAUUCUUUCUUGAACCAGCAAAUGAAAUUAAAACUCUGCUGGACGAACACACUGAUAUGUGUAAACGCAUUCUUAAUAUCUACCGCCACAUGGUAGUCCAAGUGACUAUGGACAAGAAGACUUGGGAACAGAUGCUACUUGUGCUGCUCAGGGUUACUGAAUCUGUGCUGAAAAUACCACCCCAAACUUUCUUGCAGUAUCAAGGAAGAAAAAACUCCACCUUAGCAGGAAGACUUGCAGGACCUCUUUUCCAGACUCUUAUAGUAGCUUGGAUCAAAGCAAAUCUAAAUGUGUACAUCUCUCGAGAACUUUGGGAUGACUUGCUGUCUGUAAUGUCAUCACUGACAUAUUGGGAAGAGCUGGCCACUGAGUGGUCAUUGACAAUGGAGACACUAACUAAAGUAUUAGCUAGAAACCUCUAUAGCCUGGACCUCAGUGACCUGCCAUUGGAUAAAUUAAGUGAGCAGAAGCAGAAAAAACACAAAGGCAAAGGAGUUGGGCAUGAAUUCCCCAAAUCUUCUGUUGAUAAGUCCUUUUCUAGAGGCUGGAGCCGUGAUCAGCCUGGACAGGCACCAAUGAGACAACGCAGUGCUACAACCACUGGAUCUCCAGGGACAGAAAAGGCAAGAAGCAUAGUACGGCAGAAAACAGUUGCCAUGAGAAGCCGAUCCAUUGGUGAAUGUGCUCUGCCAUCGGCCUAUAUACGCAGUGCUAAAAGUGCUCCUGUUCUGAUCCAUACUUCCAAACCCUUCUUGCCUGAUAUUGUUCUCACUCCCCUUUCUGAUGAGCUUUCAGACAUUGAUGAUGCUCAAAUUCUUCCACGUCCACCUCGAGUCAGACAUUUUUCACAGAGUGAGGAUGCUCCAAGUGAAGUUUUUGGUGCAUUAAAUGAGGAACAGCCACUGCCACGAAGCAGCAGCACCUCUGACAUCCUGGAACCAUUCGCAGUUGAACGAGCCAAAGGUGCAGUUCCUGUCAUUGACAGUUCAUCCCAUCACGCUCCAAGCUUACAGAGUUCCACUGAGACCUCUUCAAUGCAUAGAUCCACUGAAAGCCAUAUUACUGAUACAAAUAGCAGAGAGUCCUCCUUGGAAGUUGGGGAUAGUAUUUAUGACCAUCUUUGUCAUUUAAUAGGGCCGGUAGAAUUUGCAAACACAACCUUUGAACAAAGCCAAUAUGUUGACCUUGAAGGUGAAGAUGAUCUUCUUUCCUCUCUGAGAGAAUAUCUUAAAGAAAAAGAAGAACUUUGCGGUAACUUUGAGAUAGAUAAAUGUGAGGCUUCUGCUCACGAAGGUGAUACAUCAGUAAAUAGGAAUGAUAGAUUACCACUGGAUGGAUUAGAAAAUAGUGAUCAGACUGCUCAAUGCACGAAUAGCAUCACUGUUACAGAAAGAGCUGAUAACACAGAGCUGCACCUAGAACAAAACCAAAGUGGCUUUAUAAGUAAUAUUGCACCUACUCAAGUAGACAUUUUUGCAAGAAAUGAAGCACUCGAUAAAGCCAGACAGUUAAAUAUUGAUAAACAAUAUGAAAGCCUGUUUGAUCAUGGGUCAAGUAGUCCUAGCAGCAAAGAAGGGAAGAGAUAUCUGUACAGGCAAGCAGCCACUGAAGCUGAUGUAGAUUCAGCUGUGGAAGCAGCAUUAGCUGAAAAGCAUAGAAGUACCCAAUUUAACGAAAAAAUAACCAACUCACGUGUUAUGCAUGCAAAGAAAAUUCUUCCUAAAGCACAAGUUAACCCUCAAAUGCCUCACAUCACAGUUACAAGCAAACUGUCACCAACUAAACGGAGUAUAUCUGAAACAGUAACUCAUAGGGCCAAAAUCAUGAAAAUAACAACUAAAAAAAGAAAUAGUGUUCAUGUAACUUUUAGACCAUCUACAGAAUCAGUUCAAUUUUACAAUCCUCUUGAGAACAAAGAGGCUGCUUGGAAAGCACGACUUCGUAAACUCAGUGGCUUCAGUAGUGGUGGUAGUGGUAGCAGCAACAGCAGUACCAGUACAAGCACCAGCUCAUCAGCUGUCAUGGAGCUGGUUAGACCCGGAAUAUAUAGACCUCUAGAUGCGAUCAAUGCUGCUUCAGUUGGUAGCAAGCAAACUAAGGAAACUCCAGAAACUCAAGCAGCCAUGCUGCAAAAAGAAGGUAUUGCAGUUAACCAGUUCCAUAAUCGUAGUGCAUUUAGAUCAUCAGGUCAGGAGUCAGCGCAACAGCAGGGUUCCCUGGGUGGUGUUUAUAAAACUGUUGUACAUGCUCUUUCGAAGCCGAAGGCAAAUGUUUCCCCACAGAGGCAGAACAGAGUGCCAGCAGAGGCUCCACUGAGGGAUCUGUACAGUCAUGUAAUGGGCUAUUUUGGAAGGAAAGCUGCAGCUAAUAGAGAGGACAUGAGUCAAAAGCUGCACCCUAUUGAUAGUGAUAUUGGCAGCAGCAAUACAAAUGUUCCUGACCUCAUGGAUGAAUUUAUAGCUGAGAGACUCCGCAGUGGUAGUGCACUGAAUGUGACAAGACGAGGAAGCAGUCCUGGCAGCCUGGAAGUUCCAAAAGACCUUCCUGAUGUAUUGAACAAACAGAACCAAAUGCGUCCUAUAGACGACCCGGGCGUGCCAUCCGAAUGGACAUCGCCUGCUAGUGCAGGCAGCAGUGACCUCAUCAGUUCAGAUAGCCACUCUGACUCGUUCAGUGCUUUUCAGUAUGAUGGCCGCAAAUUUGAAAGUACACUUACAGCGACUAAGCAGAAUACAGGACAUGCAAUAGGAAUGUCUUCUCCAGAAGUUCAGUCACAGUUUUGUGACAGAAAUGAGAAUGUCCAUAAUAGCCAAUUACUUUCUGCUUUUACAUCUUAUGUAAAUUGUGCAACAGUGUGUUGGAAGCAUAGGAGAUGUACAUACAAGUUUUACAUGGAAGAUUUUGGAGAUUUCAGCUUUGGCACCGAGGCAGGGACACCAGCUUCCACUGAUGUUGAUGCAAUUUCAGGACAACAACAGAGUGCCGAGGAGCAAGAAGUAGCCAGUCUAACUACACUCCACAUAGAUUCGGAAACAAGUAGUCUCAAUCAGCAACCAUUGUCUGCUGAAGCUGCAACUAUUACUGGCUCUGAAAGUGCUUCUCCAAUCCAAUCUGCUCUUGGAUCCCGAUCACAGACACCCUCUCCUGCCACUCUUCAUGCAGAUCAUAUUGAGCAGAAGGAUCUGCAGCUGGAUGAGAAGCUCCACCACUCUGUUUUACAGACGCCAGAUGACCUAGAAACUAGUGAAUUUCCCUCAGAAUGUUGCAGUGUGAUGGCUGGGGGAACACUUACAGGAUGGCAUGCAGAUGUUGCUACUGUGAUGUGGAGGCGGAUGCUAGGAAUUUUGGGGGAUGUCAACAGCAUCAUGGAUCCAGAAAUUCAUGCCCAGGUUUUUGAUUACCUCUGUGAACUGUGGCAGAAUCUGGCCAAGAUAAGAGACAAUCUUGGUAUUUCAACAGAUAAUCUAACUUCACCAUCUCCACCAGUUUUAAUUCCACCACUAAGAAUUCUAACACCUUGGCUGUUCAAGGCAACAAUGCUGACUGAUAAAUACAAACAAGGCAAGCUACAUGCUUAUAAGCUCAUUUGUAAGACAAUGAAGCGAAGACAAGAUGUAUCUCCAAACAGGGAUUUUUUAACUCAUUUCUACAAUAUAAUGCACUGUGGACUUCUUCAUGUUGAUCAGGAUAUUGUGAAUACAAUCAUCAAGCACUGCUCUCCUCAGUUCUUUUCACUUGGUUUGCCUGGUGCCACCAUGCUUAUUAUGGAUUUCAUCGUGGCAGCAGGAAGAGUGGCAGCUUCUUCUUUUCUCAAUGCACCAAGAGUUGAAGCACAAGUUCUUUUAGGAUCUCUUGUCUGUUUUCCCAAUUUAUAUCAUGAACUACCAGCUCUUCACCCAAACAUUCCGGACAUUGCUGUGUCUCAGUUUACAGAUGUUAAGGAGCUCAUAAUUAAAACUGUGUUAAGCUCAGCAAGAGAGGAACCGUCUGGUCCUGCACGAUGUGUUGCUCUUUGCAGUCUUGGUAUUUGGAUCUGUGAGGAGCUAGUUCAUGAAUCCCAUCAUCCUCAGAUUAAGGAAGCAUUGAAUGUGAUUUGUGUUUCUUUAAAGUUUCCCAAUAAAACAGUAGCCCAAGUUGCCUGCAGUAUGCUGAACAUGCUGAUACAUUAUGUGCAUAGACUUCAAGUGUAUCAAGCUGAUUCACCUUUAAGAAUUAUUCAAAUUCUGAUAGCAACUAUUACUCAUCUGUUACCCAGUACAGAAGCUUCCUCAUAUGAACAGGACAAGAGGUGUUUGUUGCAGUUGGUGGUUUCCUUACUUCUGUGCCUGUUGGAUUGGAUAAUGGCCUUGCCAUUAAAGACCUUGCUGCAGCCUCUUCACUCUACAGGAGCAGAAAAUGAUAAGACUGAGAGAUCUGUUCUUAAUUGUAUCUAUAAGGUUCUGCAUGGAUGUGUCUAUGGUUCUCAGUGUUUUAGCAACCCCAAAUAUUUUCCUCUAAGUCUUUCUGAUUUGGCAUGUGUGGACUACGAUCCUUUUAUGCAUUUAGAAAGCUUGAAGGAACCAGAACCACUGCAUUCUCCAGACUCUGAGCGUUCUUCUAAACUUCAGCCAGUCACUGAAGUGAAAACCCACAUGCAACAAGGAUUAAUUUCUGUUGCUGCUCGUACUGUGAUAACACAUCUAGUCAACCACUUAGGCCACUAUCCUAUGAGCGGAGGUCCUGCUAUGCUAACUAGCCAAGUGUGUGAAAACAAUGACAAUCCAUACAGUGAAAGUCCUGAACUUUCUCCUGAACUUUUUGAGAACCCAAACCUUCAGUUCUUUGUGUUAAACAACACUUCCUUGGUGUCUUGCAUACAAAUCCAAGCAGAAGACGACAUGCCUGGUGGAGGACUAUCUGCUGGACUUGCAUCUGCUAAUUCAAAUGUCAGAAUUAUAGUGCGUGAUCUGUCUGGCAAAUACUCGUGGGAUUCGGCCAUUUUGUAUGGACCGUCAUCUUUAUGUGCAUCAUCACAACAGACGUCUUUUGCACUUUCACUGUCUCAACAAGACAAAACAGAAGAUGCUCUUUCAUCUUUUGAACACGUGGAGGAUAUAGCUUCAAGGGAUGGAAUUACACUCCAAGUAAAAAGGAAAUUUAGAGACACUGUACCGACAUGGGAUACAAUUAGGGAUGAAGAAGAUGCCCUUGAUGAGCUCUUGCAGUAUUUAGGUGUUACAAGCCCUGAAUGCUUACAGAGAACUGGUGUCUCACUCAACAUUCCUGCUCCUCAGCCGGUCUGCAUCUCAGAGAAGCAGGAGAAUGAUGUCAUUAAUGCAAUUCUGAAACAGCACACAGAAGAGAAAGAGUUUGUUGAAAAACAUUUCAAUGAUUUAAAUAUGAGGGCUAUGGAGCAGGACGAGCCAACCUCACAAAAGCCCCAGUCAGCAUUUUACUACUGCAGGCUACUUCUAAGUAUAUUGGGAAUGAAUUCUUGGGAUAAAAGAAGGAGCUUUCAUCUCUUGAAGAAAAAUGAGAAGUUACUUCGAGAACUCAGAAAUUUGGAUUCAAGACAAUGCCGAGAGACUCACAAGAUUGCAGUGUUUUAUGUUGCUGAGGGACAAGAAGAUAAACACUCCAUUCUUACUAAUACUGGGGGAAGUCAAGCCUAUGAGGAUUUUGUAGCUGGUCUUGGCUGGGAGGUGAAUCUCACAAACCAUUGUGGCUUUAUGGGAGGACUGCAAAAAAACAAAAGCACUGGAUUGACCACUCCAUAUUUUGCUACCUCAACGGUAGAAGUAAUGUUUCAUGUAUCAACAAGAAUGCCUUCUGAUUCAGAUGACUCUCUAACAAAAAAGCUAAGACAUUUAGGAAACGAUGAAGUACACAUUGUCUGGUCAGAGCAUACUCGGGAUUAUAGAAGAGGAAUAAUUCCAACAGAAUUUGGUGAUGUUCUUAUAGUUAUCUAUCCCAUGAAAAACCAUAUGUUCAGUAUCCAGAUCAUGAAAAAGCCUGAGGUUCCAUUUUUUGGUCCACUCUUUGAUGGUGCUAUUGUGAAUGGAAAAAUUCUUCCUAUUAUGGUUCGCGCAACAGCUAUAAAUGCAAGCCGUGCAUUGAAAUCAUUAAUCCCAUUAUACCAAAACUUUUAUGAGGAGAGAGCACGAUACCUGCAAACGAUUGUCCAGCAUCACCUAGAACCUACAACUUUUGAGGAUUUUGCUGCGCAGGUUUUCUGUCCAGCACCUUACCAUCAUUUGCCCUCGGACACAGUUGGCUUCUGCCCAGAGACUCAGCCGGGAGAAACUCCAGCAGCAGCAACAGCACAGGUGGAUGGAACAGACUUAGCCUCUCCAAUGUCUCCUCGGACUAGCAAGAGCCGAAUGUCCAUGAAACUGCGCCGCUCCUCUGGCUCGGCCAACAAGUCCUAAGUGUUGAGAUGCCUGCAGCUUUCUAGUAACCAGCCGUCAGCAACCCUUCCUACGACUCGCAGCUUUCAGCUGAAGGAUAACGUCUCUAGCGCAUGUGUGCCCCGUUCCCUGCAUACCCUUUUUCUGUAUGUUUAUUUUAAACAGUGACACUGGAAUUUUACUUUACUAUUUUAGCUUUUGGUUGUUUUUGUUUGUUUGUUUUUUUAAUCAAACUCCAGGCUGCCUUUUUUUUUUCUCCCCCUCCUUUUUUUUUUUUUUCAGUGCAGUUUGUCCUCUGCACCUUUUACCUUCCUGGAUGAUUAUGAUAUCUUACCAGUAGUCAUUUUUAACUCUGGUUGAUCUGGAGUGACAUAUGGAAUUGGAGACUGCAGUUUGAUUACACUAUAUUUAUUGUGCCCCACUACAAUUUUCUCUGUAACAAAGAAAGAAAUAUGUACAAUUUGAAAAUGAAUGUACAAUUUUAAAUUGAAGUUGCAUUUGUAAAGUCUUUGUCAGAUGUCACAAUGUUAAUGCACAGGCUGUGUACAGACUAUUUAUGUUAAGAAUAAAAUACUUAAACAGCCUUUCAAGCAUUACAGUGUCCAAACAAAAUAACUUGCCAGUAGCACCAACUCUUUCUUCACAAAGCAAUGUAUCAUUUCUUAACUGUGCAGGUGGUGCCAUAAUCUAUGCCAGAAAAAAAAAGAAGAAGAAAAAAAAGAAAAAAAAAAAAGGAAAAAGAAAAAAAAUCACUGUGCUGAAAUUCUACUUAUGCUUGGCUUCCAAAUAUUUUUAUAAUGUUUGCUUUUGGAAGUGUUAUCAAUAGUAAAUGCCAUUGAGUCUCAUGUUUUUUAGCCUUUAUCACCGGGCUGCUGGGUCUAGAUGUAUAUUAUUGUUUCUUACAUUAAAAAAAAAAAAAGCACUUUCCUGAUACAAAUUCAUUGCUCUGAUGCUGUGUACUGAGGAAGAAAAGGGAACAUGCUCCAAGAGGCUGACCUGCAAUGCUGAUGAUUCCAACCCUGUAAGUGCAGGUUAGUACACGCAUUCCACCCAUCCAGAGAUAUUUUCCUACAGCAGAUGAAAUGCUCACAUUUUGAGUCUGGCAAACAACAAGAUGCUGUUAACAAAAUGUAGCAUGACAUCCGUACUAACUGCAUGUGUAAAUAUAUCAUAUGAUAUGGGCAACAAUAAAAAUAUAAAUUAUGUAUUGUCAUUCAUGUAGUAUCUACAAAUUUGUAAUGGUUGAAGAGAAAACAUGCUAUUUAAUAAUACAAUAAAAUUAUUCUUACCACC